AUGCCCGAUCACAACACUCCCGAAGUGUCGAAAAGUGAUGAUUCUGAGCCCUAUUUCUCUAGAGGGCCGGAUACGCUCAAGAUCCCUCUGGUGAUGCACCGAGACCAUCGUCGGAGGUUGGCUGAGGCGAUGCUGAAGGACAAACUGGCACCGGAAGGUACUGUAAUAUUCCUUAGAGGUGGCGAACUCCAAUCUGUGUAUGAUUCUGAUACUGAGUGGGACUUCAAACAAGAAUCAUAUUUUCAGUAUCUCUUCGGUGUGAAGGAGCCGGGUUGUGUGGCGACCAUUGAGCUCGACUCUUCGGCGUCCACUUUGUAUGUCCCGCGAUUCGAUGAUGUAUAUGCUACCUGGAUGGGUCCGAUCAAACCGAAGAGNNNNCCGCUGGAGGGAGCAACUCUCGAUCGUUAG